AUGAGGGCGUUAAAUCACUGUUACCCUGUUACCCUAUCACCACAUCAUCACUGUGCCACUGCAGGGUUCGAGGACAUGUUGGAGAACUGGGUGCUGCAUCUGGAGCGGGUGGGUCUGAGCCGCCACUUCAUUCUCUUCGCAGCAGACAAGACAAUCCUUCAAUUUGCCCAGUCCAAAUGGCCCGGACAGGCCAUUCAUCUCGACCUGACAGGGCAGUUCAACGAAGAGGAGAACGUGGACGUGAAGAAGGAGGCCAUUCGCCUCGACCUGAGCGGGCAGUUCAACGACGAGGGGAACGUGGAUGUGAGGAAGGAGGUGGACAUCAACUCAGCGGGGUUCUUCAGCGUGGCGUCCCACCGAGCAGUCUACAUCCACCCACACCUCCUCCUCCUCUCCCUCAACUGCGAUGAGAGGGCCAACGGGGAGAGAGGGGGCUUCAAAGCGGCACAACCCCCCACCCCACCCGCCCAUCUCCCUUAUACCCCCUCGCUCGCUCUCAACCUCCCCCCCCUCCAGGCCAUUCACCUGGACCUGACUGGGCAGUUCAACGACGAGGAGAACGUGGAUGUGAGGAAGGAGGUGGACAUCAACUCAGCGGGGUUCUUCAGUGUGGCAUCCCACCGAGCAGUCUACAUCCACCACCUCCUCUCCUUUGGCUUCUCCGUGCUCUACAGCGACAUCGACAUUGCCUACCUGCACAACCCCCUCCCCUUCUUCCAAAAACCCAGCCAUCCCACUGAUGCUGCUGCUUCUGCCGCUGCUUCUGCUGCUGCAUCUGCUUCUGCUGCUGCUGACGCUUAUACCAGCGGUUCUGACUUCGACAUGUUUGUGAGCAUCGAUCGUUACAGAGAGCAGCCAUCUCCCUACACAGACCCCAUGGAUCCGACCUACACAGGCCUUCUCAACAAAGGGGGUCGCAUCUUCUGCACCUGCCUGCUCUUCUUCCGCCCAACUGCCGCCGCCAAGAGCCUCGUACGCCACUGGGCGUUUCGAAUAGCUAAGCUGGGGCGCAAGGGGGGGUUGGAUCAGGCUCAGUUCAAUCUAUUCAUGCAGUGGAUGUACCAGAGGGGUGUGCUGCCGCGGAUUGGAGUGCUGCCGCCGCUGCAGUUCCCGUCUGGGCAUCUGAUGCAGGAGCACUGGGAGGAGUUUGAGGCGGUAAGGCCGCGGGUGGUGAUGGUGCACGCGAAUUAUGUGAGAGGGAAGGGCGCGAAGAUCGAGGCGCUGAAGAAGGCGGGGUUGUGGUGGGUGAAGGAACGGAGCAACGCCACUGCUGCUGCUGCUCCUGCUGCUUCUGGCGCGGCUGCUGGAAAUGCAUCUUCUGCCGCAGGGCUGGUUGAGGAGCAGGAGGAGAAAGGGCAGGGAGCAGCAGGUGGCAAAGAGAAGGCGGCAGGCGAGGGAAGGGACGACGAGGAGCCAAUCUUGCUCUUCCCAACGCCUAGGUCCCUUGAGAAGGCUGAGCGGGAUGACAAGAAUGAGGCUGCAGGGAUGUUGGGGUUGGAGGGUGGUGCGAAGGGUGGGAAGGAGGGGGAGGAGAAGGUGCCGACAGGGGCAGCUGGGAGAAGCGGAGAGGCGGGAGGAGAAGAGGAUUGGGAGGCGACUUUUGAGGCGCCUCAAAAGUCGACAGGGGCAGCUGGGAGAAGCGGAGAGGCAGGGGGAGAAGAGGAUUGGGAGGCGAGGGUACUGGCGGCAGUGGAGCCGUGGGUGGGGGAGCAUUUGCAGACGAUGGAGGGGAAAGGGGUGAGCGUGGCUGCUGGUGGUGGCAUGGCGGUCUUCACUGUUGCCUGCGAUGUGGAGCCGUGGGCGGGGGAGUAUUUGCAGACGAUGGAGGGGAAAGGGAUGAGCGUGGCUGCUGGUGGUGUCAUGGCGGUCUUCACUGUUGCCUGCGAUGGUGCAUGCAUGGUGCGUGAAUGGUGCGUGGAUGGUGCGUGGAUGGUGCGUGGAUGGUGCGUGGAUGGUGCGUGGAUGGUGCGUGGAUGGUGCGUGGAUGGUGCGUGGAUGGUGUGUGGAUGGUGCGUGGAUGGUGCGUGGAUGGUGCGUGGGUGGUGCGUGGAUGGUGGUGCGUGGAUGGUGCGUGGAUGGUGCGUGGAUGGUGCGUGGAUGGUGCGUGGAUGGUGCGUGGAUGGUGCGUGGAUGGUGCGUGGAUGGUGCAUGGAUGGUGCGUGGAUGGUGCGUGGAUGGUGCGUGGAUGGUGCGUGGAUGGUGCGUGGGUGGUGCGUGGAUGGUGGUGCGUGGAUGGUGCGUGGAUGGUGCGUGGAUGGUGCGUGGGUGGUGCGUGGAUGGUGGUGCGUGGAUGGUGCGUGGAUGGUGCGUGGAUGGUGCGUGGGUGGUGCGUGGAUGGUGGUGCGUGGAUGGUGCGUGGAUGGCCAGGACGCCUUGUUCCGCACCUGGUGGGCGCGCAUGAACCGCAUACCUUUGCUCGGGAGAGCUCUCCUCGCCUCCGUGCCUCAGGUGAUGCGCAUGCCAGGGGGGCACACCGUUGACCGACCCAAGGAGAGGACGUCCCUGCAAGUGGCUGCUGCCACAUGCUUGCUGCUGCCGCCCCUCAUCAUUGCCCGCAUGCUGGCUGCCAACGUGACUGCCGUCUACAGCGACAUCAACUCGGUGUGGCUGCGUGACACCCGCCCCUACUCUCUAAUCUACCGUUGCCACCAUGCCCCCUCCCCUCCUCCCAGCGACAUCAACUCGGUGUGGCUGCGUGACGCCCGCCCCUACUUCCCGCCAUCCUAUUCCCUCGUGCUGCCCUCCCUCUCUCACCAAGCCCCACUGCAGCAGCAGCAGGAGCAGCAGCAGCAGCAGCAGCAGCAGCAGCCACAGCCACAGCAACAGCAACAGAAACAGCAGCAGCAGCAGCAGCAGCAGCAACAUAAGCAGCAGCCAGACAUGCCAGCGACGCAAACGGCACAAGAGGCAGCAGAGAAAGGGCCGAGAAAUAGCACGGUGCAGGUGGGUGAGGGUGGGGGCAGCACGGGGCAAGCAGAAGCACCAGCGACGCAAGGGGCACAAGUGGCGGUUGAGAAUGGGUUGGGAAACAGCACAGAGCAGGUGGUUGGGGGUGGGGGCAGCACGCAGAAAGCAGAAGCACCAGCGACGCAACGAGCAGCAGAGAGAGGUCUGAGAGCGAAAGCGGAGAGCAAGGGCGGGGGCAGCAUGCAGCAGGCAGCGGCCCCUGCACCACCCAACACCACCGCCCUCACGCCGUCCCUUCUGGGGUCCCUCUCUCCAUGGCUCAUGGCUCUUCGCCCCUCCCCUCCUGUGCAAGCCAUGGUGCACCGCUGGGCACUCAGGGCUUUAAGAGGUUGUAAGAAUGCAGAAGCAGCCGAAGCUGCAGGUGGUUCGGGCGUGUUUUCUGGUUCGGAGAUUCUGAAAAGGGCUCUCAACCAUGCCGUGGCUGAGAUGGUUCGGGAAGCGGGGCUUGUGGGAGCGGAGGAGAUUGGGUUGGGUGAGGGUCCAGGUUCGGCAGGAGGCAUAGAUGCAGGUACGGAAGCAGGUGCGGGAGCAGGUACGGACGCAGGUAAGGGAGGAGGCACAGGAGAUGUAGGAGAGGGGCCAAAGGGAGCAAUCGUGGGGGUGCUUCCAGAGCAAUUAUUCCCGCCUGGGUGGAAGGUGGUGGGGGAUAGGGCAUGGCUGGAGGCGCAUAGGAAUGAGAUAGUGGCCGUGCAGGUGAGCUGUGGGGAGGACAGCCAGGUGCAGGAGAUGUGUGUCAGAGAUAUGAAGCUGUGGCUUUAA